AUGAGAGAACUUGAUGCUGCACUAUACACAAUAGCAUGGGUUGCGCCUUUGGAAAUCGAGGCUCAGGCAGCUCGUCAUAUGCUCGAUAAUCGCCACGAUGGAAAAUUCCCCAUCAGUCGAGGCGAUGACUAUGUCUUCCUCGCGGGUGAUAUCAACGGUCAAAACAUAGUCAUCGCAACCUUGCCUCCCGGCCAAGAAUAUGGAACCGGCUCAGCCGCUGCCCUUGCUAGCCAAAUCAAAAAGUUCUUCACCAAUCUCUGGUUCGGCCUCCUUGUAGGAGUCACGGCAGGUCUUCCGAAUCUACGAAAGAUACCGCCAAUCGAUAUACGGCUUGGAGAUGUGCUCGUUGGAUUAUCCGAAGGAGAUAGUGCAGGCUUAGUCGCGUAUGACUUGGGGAAAGAGACUUCUGAGGGGUUUCAGCUUUUGAGAUCAACUAUUGGCAACAUCAAGAUCAGGGCACCAGGUGACACUGAUGUCUUCCUCCCCUUUUACGAGAGAAUCAAAGACAAAGAACACUCAAGAGGGACAUUCGCAGAUCUUGGCCAGGAAAAGGAUAUCUUCUACGACAUCAGUGAUGAUGGUGUUGAUAGCCCCGUCCAGAGGAUGCAGCGGCCUACCGACAGGCGAACUCGCGUAUGGUAUGGUUCUAUCGGAUCUGGAGAGAAGUUGACGAAAAAUACCCUCAAGCGCAAUGAGAUAAGAGAUCGUUAUGGAGUGAUCGGCUUAGAGAUGGAAGCUGCAGGGACGAUGAAUCGCAUACCUGUUGGCGUGAUCAGAGGCGUUUGCGACUAUGCCGACCAGCACAAAAAUAAAGAGUGGCAGCCAUAUGCUGCUGCCAUGGCCGCAGCGUACGCAAAAGCUGUGAUCUAUGAAUUAGGCCUGGGUAAAGUGAUGCCAAGCUCCAGCAUGAUGCAUGAGGCAAAACAUGCCCUUUAUGGCACCAUCUUAUGUGACCUUCCACCAACUACAGACCGUUUCUUUGGACGAAAAACAGAACUUUUGGAGAUGGUCAAAUGUCUCGAGGCCACAACCCAACGAAGAGGCGUGGUUCUGUGCGGGAUAUCUGGGUCUGUCAGCAAUGCAGCCUGGCAUGCGGCCAAGCUUCUGGGUGGAUUCCCUCUGGCUCUGGAGCUGGCAGGAGUUCUCCACCAUCGCGGGAUUACAGCCCUUGAUGAAUUUGCUGAAACUUUCACCAAUGACUAUCCAGAGCUUGCUCAGUUUGAGAUUGACUCUGGAGUCUGGAUUUGGACCAGAAACGGAGCAAUCAACUCUCUUUUUAGCAUGCUUGAUUCACUUUAUGCAUCAAUCUUGAUAAAGAGCACAGAUUCAGCUCUUCUAAUAACAUUUUGUUCAAUAUAUGGACCUUUCGCGAUUCCCAUCUCACUUGUAUACAACCUGGACUUAAUAGAUGUGGAGGGUACUGAAAAACAGGGCCCAUGGAAGCAGCUACAGACUCUGGUCCAGAGCAAGAUCAAACUCAACAUGUCUAUCGAUGAGCUAAACAAAGUCUUCCUAGCCACUAAGAAACAAGCAAGCGAUCAUACUCUGUUAUCAUUCUUCCUUCAUGCUUCGAUAUGCCAGUGGAGACUUGCCACCAUGGAAGACCGAGACGUCUGGAUCAUUCAAGCAACCUACAGCCUCUCAAAACAUAUUCUAUCACUGCAUGACAAAUGCGACGCCUUCAGGUUCUUCAAUUUGUUCAAUCGAUGUCUAAAUCUACUCUGGAACCACAUCAACGCACACCAUAUCGACAUACACGGGAAAUUCGCUGAAGCAUACUUUACGAUAUGUCUAUGUGGUGGGGAUGUUUACCUUGCAAUGGGAAAGUCUGAAAUUUCCAGGACACUCUUUACCUCGGCGAUCGACUAUAUUCGGUCCUCGAGCCUAAGUGACCCAGAUGACAAAAUAUUUCUGCAGCUUCUUUGUGGCUUGGCCAAAUCGUGUGAGAACACGAGGGAGUUUGAAAUGGCUGAGGAGGCUUCACUGUCAGCUUCUACUAUCUCAGAGCGCUUAAACGGCCACAUGAAUGACCAGACAGUCAGUCUUGUGUCACGACUCAAGGCCGUGAGAGAUCAUAUGUUGACCGAGCUGGAAAAUCGCAAAAGGGCUUUAGUUGCUUGCACGGGGCCGAAACUUGCGCCUGCAGUGAAUUCUGACACGAAGUCUUCAAUGGAAUUUGAGAACGAGGAACUUUAUCGUCAAAUGAUAGAAAAGAUUUCUGCAAGAGGUGGACUUGACUCCCUUGCCAGCUCUUCUGGUUCUACGACAGCGACGACUUUGCCAAACCUGGCUUGGGAACUUCGCUUUAGCCACCCUAUUCUCGUCUUUAGCUUGCAAGACGAUGGAAAUGACCUGUCAGGGUUUCCGGAUGCUUUUCCAAUCACGAUUCGGGGCAGCAUGAAUAUCAUGGCAUACGAAAACAUUGAUAUCAAGUCCAUACACAUUCAAAUCGACGUAUCUGGAAUGAGUAUAUGGAAUGUGGAAGGUCGGAGAAAAGGAAAACAACUAUUUGGAGAUGGCGCUGAUUUCACAACGUGGAAGCUGAAACUCUGCGACUCCAAUAUCACUUCUGAUGGAAGAUUUGGAGACAACUGCACCUUUAGAUUGGACAACGAGAACUCCCAAGAAAAUACGAGACAGCCUGAGAGUGACGGUGUCGCUAAACCAGAUCAUAUUCCAUUCCCACCUGGUUCUUACAGCUACCCUUUCGAAUCAACUGUUGACUGUACUCUCCACCACGCCAAGAAAAUUUUCCUUGAAGAUACAAAUUGGACUGAACUACCUGUUAUUCAAAUUCCACGUCAGCUGAGACCGAGAAGCACUGCCACCAAUCAAUCGCUCAGACAACAGAACGAGGGCAUUUCUUUCUGUGUCGAUUUGCCCUAUAAGAUAUCUCCAAUUGGCGGCAGGAUCCCCAUCACAGUCACUCUCGGGCCUGUUAACAAUGACCUUCGAGCUGAGUACUUAACCUACACCAUCGUACAAAGAGGCAAACGGUGGACGCAAGAUCGGGCAACGCAAAAUACAGAUGAGCAGAAGCUUGUGCUUUUGGAAAGAUUCAUACUUGAAGAGUCCACCCGUGUAGGAGACGAUGACUCCAGUGAACAGUAUGAGGAGGAAGCAGCCUUCUCAUGUGAAAGUGACAAGUCUUGCAAGACAUUGUUCAUAAAAGGUUAUCUGCCAAACUUGGAUCCUGAUGAGCCUGUUUCUAUCUCUGAUGAUCUCAUGUUGCCAACCUGUAAGCGGAUGAAAGCCGGAUGGCUGGUAGGUCAAGAACCUCUGGAGAUAACUUGUUCGACUCCAUUUAUCGAGUUGAAUCAUUUCAUGCAAGUCACCGUGGGCGGAUCACGACUUGAUUCAGAUCAAUCAGAAUCACGGAUCCUGGAGAUGAUUGAAGAGAUUCCUAUCGCAAUAAUCGAUUACCGAAUUACUCACAGAAGUGAUCUCCUCGUUGAUAGUAUGGCUCAUGAGUCAUCGCCUACGAAUAACAGGACAGCAACCUGUGGUUGCCCAGACGCAUAUAUUUAUGAAGAAUGCCUCUCAUGGGAUAAGACGCCACCGACGAAUAGGCCUAUUAACGCGACACUUCUUACAGAGACAUCUCUCUAUAUAAGGGAGGUACAUGGAGGAAGCGAGGACGAAGUUCGACAUUAA